AUGAAGUUUGGGGAACAGUUGGAGAAAGAGUCGGUUCCUAAAUGGAACAUGUACAACCUCGACUACAACUCUCUGAAGCGCGCAAUCAAAGUUCACACGACGCGAGACCAAGCCACAGCCAUCGCGAUACCCGGCCAGCCCGAUAAGUCCCUGCGCGCUUUUGAAGACGGGCUGUUUCUCGAACUAUGCAAACAGCAUGAGCGUGUGGAUCUAUUCGUCAAGAGCAAGGCGGGUGAAGUGACUCGAAGACUGGAUAUGCUAUCUCGCAAGAUUGACAAGUGGAUUGGCAAAUGCCCCGAGAACCCCACGGACAGUACCAUCUCGAAGCAGCAAAGAACGGUCAUCAAGUACGAGCGACGGCUAUUCGAAUUGGGCGACGAGAUCUCGGCCCUGUCACGGUUCGCCAACGCCCAGAUCAUCGCCUUCCGUAAGAUCAUUAAAAAGUACAAGAAAUGGACUCGGUCGACAACACUCUCGGCCCGGUUCAACGAGUACAUUGCGGGCAAGCCGUCCAGCUUCACACGCCGAAACUUUGAGCCUCUACAGACGCGACUCGACGACAUCCUCGCCACGCUCCGCAAUUCGACACCCGCCCUAAGCGAACCAAGCUCCCCGUCGACGACUUCCGAGAACAACGCCAGCCGACCGUCGACAAGCGCGGAGCCACACAGUUUCGAGCCCCUCCCAGAGGCUGCCAAGGAGGAGGCGCAGGCGCCACGCUCCAGGCCACAGGUCACGUAUUGGAACGAGUACGAUGACGGGAGCGAGUGCGAAGGACCGGAAAACGACUAUGCCAUCUACAUCAACCCAGACGAGGACACAUCUUUCGCAGGAUUGGGAUACGUGCAGGCUGUCCUCGCCAUGCCAUUCUCCAAAGUGCAACACUGGUUCAAGCUCAAACGGGAAGGCGAAAGGCAACCACUGCUGGGCGAGUCAUCCUCCAGGUCCCAGACGUCUAGGCCUGGUACAGCUACGCACGGAUACUUCUCGGCCGCAUCUGCCGAUUCGGAUGAGGAGGGCUACGCAAGCUCGGGCGAAUUCCCCCACCAGGGCUACGCGGCACACUAUUCAUUCCCCAGCAUCGGCGACCAGAAGAUUGUCCAUUAUAGAGAAAACGUUCUCUUCUGGGUCACUGUUGGCUGCUUCGUCGGGUCCUUUGUACUAUUGGCGAUAUCCGGCCUCUUGAUCCUCACCGGCCGGCACAGGCUCCGUGUCGAGGUCGAUGCGGGCGUCACCGUCGGCGUGGCCUGCAGUCUGCUGAGUGCCUGCUCUGGCUUGGCCGCCACCAUCUACCGACGAGGUCCUCUCACCGUGUCGCAUCGCAUCAUGAUAUGGAGCACGUUUAUAGCCGCCUGUCUGCUCAACGGCAUGCUUCUUGUGCUGGUCGUCGGCAAUACGCCUUGA